GCACCUGAUUUUGGGUGCCACGGAUACAAGCACUGUCACUCUUACAUGGGUGAUAUGUUUCUUGUUGAAAAAUCCUCUUAUAUUAGAAAAGGUAAAAGAAGAGAUUAGCACUCACAUUGGGAAAGAGAGAUUCAUAAGUGAGUCAGAUGUGAAUAAGUUAGUAUACCUUCAAGCAGUAGUGAAAGAGACACUGAGAUUGUAUCCACCAGGACCUCUUUCAGCACCUCGUGAAUUCACAGAAGAUUGCAUGUUAGGUGGAUAUCACAUAAAAAAGGGAACUCGAUUAAUCACAAACUUGUGGAAGAUCCAAACUGAUCCUAAUAUUUGGUUGGAUCCAUUGAAAUUCAAACCAGAAAGGUUUAUUACUACUCACAGAGAUGUUGAUGUUAAAGGUCAAAAUUUUGAGUUGCUACCGUUUGGAAGUGGCAGAAGAAUAUGUCCAGGAAUAUCCUUUGGUCUUAACAUGAUUCAUUUAACUCUAGCUAAUUUUUUACAUUCUUUUGAAAUAUUUAGUAAACCUAAUGAAACUAUUGAUAUGAGAGAAGCCCUUGGAAUGACCAAUGAAAAAGCCACUCCACUUGAGAUUUUUGUUAAACCAAGUUUGUCCUCAAACUAUUAUGAAUCCCAUGUGAAUGUUAAAAAAGCCUUUUAA